AUUUUCUAAUUAAUCUCUAUAGUAUCUUAAACAAACUAACUAUCAAAUCAACCAUGACAACAUCUAAGGAUAUAAUCUUAGGAGUGUUGGCAUUACAGGGAGCCUUUAAGGAACAUUUGGAAUAUUUUCAAAAAGUAAUUGAAGGUAAUCCUGAGCAAUAUAGUAAAUAUAAUUUUAAAUUCAUUGAAGUUAGAACUCCAGAAGAAUUAGAACAAUGUGAUUCAUUGGUUAUACCUGGAGGUGAAAGUACUUCAAUUUCAUUAAUUGCAGAAAGAACUCAAAUGUUACAACCUUUACUUGAUUUUGUUAAAGAUGAAUCAAAAUCAGUUUGGGGGACUUGCGCAGGGUUAAUAUUUUUAUCUAAACAAUUAAAGAAUGGGAAAGUUGGACAAAAAUUAUUAGGAGCAUUAAAUGUUCAAGUUGUAAGAAAUGCCUUUGGAAGACAAGUUAAUUCAUUUGAAUCUCAUUUAGAUUUCAGUUCAUUCAUUAAAGAUUGUCAUGAUUUCCCAGCUGUAUUUAUUCGAGCUCCUGUAAUAGAUGAAAUUCUUGAUCAAGAUAAUAUUAAUAAUUCUAUUAAUGAUCCUACUAUAACCAAAUCUUCAAAUAAUUAUAAUAAUAAAUCACCUGUAAAAGUAUUAUAUAGUUUAGAUAAUUUCGAUAACAAUAAUAAUCAUUUAAUUGUGGCAGUAAGGCAAGGAAGAAAACUUGGAACUUCUUUUCAUCCUGAACUAGCCACCAAAGAUUAUAGAUUUCAUAAAUGGUUUAUAGAUGAGUUUGUUUUAGGUUCUGAUCGUUAUAUAUAAUUAUAUAUAAUAUAAUAAUUAUAUAUAGAAUUAAUGUAUAGAAUAGAAUUAAUGAAUAGAAUUAA